AUGGGAUCAUUAGCAGCCGACGAGACCUCCAGUAGCAAUGAUGCUAUGAAUGAGCCUACCCAGCCGGACGAUGUCUUACAGCAUCAUCACAAGAAAAAUGGACAUCCACACCUCCCUGACCCCACAAUCCUUGAUCUUAUCCAUUGCCAGGAGACUCAAGCCAUCAAUGCGAAGUCACACAAUUCAGGUGUUAAAGCCAAGAAGGUCAAAUCAGCCAAGCCUAAGGAACCGACCGAAGGCCCUAAGCCAACACAACUCGGCUGGUAUCCUCCAUGGUGGAAGACUUUUCUUGAGGAGGCGAAGGCAGAGUGUCAUGCCCAGCACGCAAUUGAGAAUGCAUUCCUGGACUCCGUCAAGGAUUUACCUCUUUCAGUCACCGAAGCACUCAUGACGUCACUCGUAGAAUGGCUUGAAGCAGGUAACGAGGUUGAAGUGGGUAUAUGGCCUGAUCACAAGGCCAAUAUGGCCAAGCUGGUAAACUUAUCAACCUGGCGCUCUGACCUCAAGAAGAUAGCUAUCAGCAUCAUGCCCUCCAUGUAUAACCUCAUCCCCUCAGCUGAAGUACCUCCUCAAGCUCACACUGCCUGGGUUGAGAAUGCUGCUGCGGAACUGUUGGACAAGUCUUUGUUUCUUUGUAACAGUGUGGAUGAGCUUUGGAUAACCAAUAACGCUGCCCAUCCUGCACUCCAGGCUGCCACCAUCACAUUCUUCUACACUGGUUCUUAUCACAUCACUCACAGGAGACCUGAUAUCUUCAAACAGGAGUUACCUUUGCAGUCUUUAGCUUUGGUUUGCACUGUGUACAAUUGUGUCUUUGAUGGGCUAGUCAAGAACGGCAGUGGCAAGUAUUUUCUGAAGUUUACCACCAAAGACUACUCCGCUGUCUACCUCACAAUGGUUGCUGAACUCAAGAAUGUCUUGAAGGACGCGUAUCACGGCCCUAGGUUGACACAAUAG